ACUGCGAUCGUUACGUGCAGUCGCUUCCAUCACCACGAAAUGCGCCCGGCAUGUCAGGAUCGCCUCGACCGAACAACCGUGUGCGCAAGAACAAAGGCAAAGGUCUCAGGACAAGGACAGGAUGUACUACUUGCCGCACGCGACACGUGAAGUGUGAUGAGACUCAUCCAAUAUGUCGCGCAUGUCAAAGGGUCAACCGGCCUUGUCAUUAUACCACUGACACGUCGAAUCGCCAAAGCUCAAAAUCGGAUCAACCAACAUUGCCUCAAGACGAACCACCUACUGCUCAAGAAUCUUCUGAUCAACAGAUUGACCACUACGACAUUACUUUGAACGAAACCGCAGCGACAACGGACAUAGAUGAAACGACCUUGAUCUAUUAUGAUGAUCACGAUGUGAACCAGAACAUUCAACUAUCUGGCCACGACAAUUUCAGUCUACCCGCCCUGGAGCCUGCAGCAUUGAACACGACAAGCCCAGCGUCAACAGCAAGUGGCAACCUCUACUCUGCAGAAGUAGCCNCCUGGAGAUGGCUGGAUCUGCUGACACGUGAUGCCACCGUCUCCGAUGACUAUCAGUCUGGUGGCUGCUAUCUUGCCAGAUGGGCUUUGACUGUGCAACGAUACCGGAAGCUUAUACGAGACAAGGAGACAUACAAUGUUGAAGGCCAUCUCGAGUUAGCGAGUUCAGAAAAAAUACUGCUACGACAUUUCGUGGACAACAUCUCGUCGUGGAUUGAUCUUACCGAUCGCGAUGCUUCUUUCACGACCUCCGUGCCCGCCAUGGCACUUCAGAAUAGAGGACUAAUGCUGGCCAUCCUCGCAUUAUCCUCGCGGCAUCAAUCCUUACUCACAGCCUCAGAAACAUCCUCCCGCAUCGACAGAACAGUCGCCGUGCAAUACUACAACGAAACACUUCAAUACCUCCAGAUUGCAAUGAAGAUGCCCGACUAUCUCAAGAGCGAAGAGUUACUUGCGACAGUACUUCUGAUCUCAACCUACGAGAUGAUAGAUGGACNNUUGGGAGGAUGGGAACGCCAUCUGANNAAGCUCCACAUCUCACUAACCACAUCAGGCGUCUUCUGGAUCCAGAGGUCUCAGCUGAUACAUGGCGAGUCUGGAGGCUUGAGACAGGCAAUCUGGUGGGCCUGGCUACGACAAGAUAUUUGGGCAGCCUUCCGAGGCGGUCGAGUGAUACUCAGCUUCUACACUUUGAAGAAAGAUUGCGCCGAACUCGAUCGCUGGGAGCUCAUCAAUCGAGUCGUGUGGCUGCUCGGGCAAUGCAUCAGCUUCGGUUCGGAUGCCGGAGUCGCGGCCGGGAGGACAAACGUGCAACAACGUAUACACCGCGCUGCGUUCCUGACAUCAAGGCUGGAUGAAUGGUGGAUCUACUUCGCUAUCCACCGCAAAGAGCUACCUACUGAUUGUCCCGAUGGCAACGCCUUCAAGCCUCUCUGGAUCAACCCAGUUCCUUGCAGCGUCGCCGUACAGAUCUACUACUUUUCCAGAAUCAUGCUGGCUGUGCACUCUCCGGCUGUCUCGGGAUUGAAAGAGUUGGAACGACAACGCCAUAUUCUGGACAACGCCAUUGAUCAGAUCGGCGGUAUCGCUUGCACAACAAGCGACACUGCUGCGACCAUAAUCUCAACUCAAUGUCUCUUUGCGGCCGGUCUCAACCUGCGCGAUCCAGUUAAGCGAGAGCACAUUGUCAGAUUGCUAAGAUCUCAUCAAGCCUCGCNNACUGGAUGGCCAAUCACGGAUCUUGCUGAAGACCUGCAAGCUGAAUGGGCGAUGGAAGCUUCGCCAAUUCAGGCUCGAAGC